GUAUCAGGCUUCAAAUCACCUUAACACAAUCAACCUGAUUUUAAGAACAGUCUGGAACUCUUGUUUAAGGUGGAAGAUGUCAGAAGGUGAUGGUUUUACAACUCCUGACUAUUACUUCAGUACCCUUGAAUAUGAUGACUAUGAGAAUGAAGGAGAUGCAUGCUUUAAGGCUAAGGUGAUUCAAUUUGGAGCGAUUGUCACCUCAGUUUUUUUCACACUGGUCGUCAUGUUCAGCUGUGUGGGUAAUACAUUGGUCUUGUGGGUCCUGCUCAAAUAUGAAAAUCUGAGAUCCUUGACCAAUACUUUCCUCCUCAACCUGGCUGUCUCCGACCUGGUCUUCACUGUUGGCUUGCCGUUUUGGGCCUACUACUAUGUCAUUGGCCAGUGGACGUUUGGAGAACCUGCCUGCAAAGCCAUUAGCUUUAUAUUCUUUGUGGGUUUUUACAGCAGCACAAUCUUUUUAAUCACAAUGACAGUGCACCGCUACAUGGCCGUGGUUCAUCCUCUGUCUGUCAUCUUGAACAGGAGAAUAUAUCACUCUGUCUUGAUUUCUGUAGUCAUCUGGAUUUGGAGCUUCUGUGCUGCAACUCCUCAUGCCAUCUUCACCAAAGUUGUGUCCCACCCUACCCCCAACGGCAGUAUCUCUACGAAUGAGUCAUUCUGUGAUUAUGAAAUGCUCAACUGGAAGUUGGUGGGCAUUUACCAGCAAAACCUAUUUUUCAUCAUUGCCUUCAUCACUAUCACUUUCUGCUACAUUCAGAUUCUUGGGCGGCUCCUCAGACCCACAGCCCACACCCGCCACAAGACCAUCAGGCUUAUCUUCUGUAUAGUGGUGGUUUAUGUCCUCGGUUGGGCACCGUACAAUGUGGCCAUCUUCCUGGAUUCUUUAAUUUCUUGGAGCGUUGCCCCAUUUAAUUUAUGCAAUGUCAGCACUGCUGUAGACUAUGUUUACUAUGUCUCCCGUCUGGUGGCUUUUUCUCACUGUUGCCUCAAUCCAAUCUUUCACGUCUUUAUGGGGAUCAAGUUCAGAAGCCACUUGAAGAAGAUGCUAUGGAACAUCCGCGGGAACAAGGAUGAACCUCAGAACCGCCACAGCAACCUCAUUUACUCAAAUGGGGAGGAAAUCUCCAUGUAUUAGCAGUAAGAAAGCAUCCACUGAUCUCAAAGUGAGCAUCCAAACGACCUCACAUAAAUCACAUAGACAGCAAAACAAUUUCUUGCAAAAAAAAAAUGCAUAAACUUUGCAUUAAUUUAGUUACGUUUCAUGCCACACAUUUUCAUUCAAUUAAAUGAAGUAAAGUAUGUAUGGACUCCAUAAACAUAACUUACAGAACUUCACAUGAAAUCUUAAAAUAGUAUUAUACAGUUCUCAGAAUGAUCCUGAAGAUGUCUAGAAUAAAGAAAAUGUAUGCAAUUCUACUGUGGGAUUUUUGACUUUUGCUCUGUCCAUGCUUGCCAAGACAGCUUUGUUUAUAGCAAAUACACUUCUUUGUAAAAAUCAGACACCACCCUUCUUUUUUCUUUUCUUCAAAUUUCUAGUCAAAACUGUCAUUAAGUACAACUUAGUUGUUUUUUCAGCAUUAGGAAAAAAGCAGGAAACUAUUUUACAGAAAAUACAAAACUACAAAACUAAAUACAGUAUUAUUUGUCAGCAUUUAGUAUGUCCAUUCUUUGCUUGUUACAGCUUUCAUUCCUUUCAGGAGACUUUUUCAGGAGACUUCAGUUUUCCAAAGAAAUCAACAGGAAUAUUUUUUUACACCUCCGGUCUUAGAUGCUGGUUGCAUUUUCUGCUUCCUCUGAUCCACAAGCUUAUUUUGAUGAUUGUUUGAUCAUUUUUUGGCUUUUAGUCUUAAGACUUCUUGGCAGCUACACAUCCUUUCAGACUCAUAAUAUUGAAUUAAGGAUGGACAGAAACACUUGUUGAUUUUUCCAGAUCUGAAGCAACAGAGAAGGUUGAUUAUCUCUUCUCUCUCAAAGAUGACAGUACUAUUUAUCUGAUAGUGACAGUUUUGGUGAUCUACCAGGUCUUGAAUGCUUGUUGGAUGUUCCAUUAUCUCUAUAUAUUUUAUAGUUGUUUAAAAUGAAGUCUCUGACAUUCGCACAGUGCUAUGCUUCUGUAUUACACACACAGACUCAACACCACUCAUCCUCCUUAGUCACUGGAGCCUACCCAUCCUGGCAUGUCAUCAGUCCAUCGCAGGUCAGACACACAGACAUUCACACACGGAGGCAAUUUAGCAUGUCCAAUAAGCCUGGCUGCAUUUCUGUUGACAGUGAGAGGAAACCAAUGCAGACACAUGCAAACUCCACAGAGAAAGGACUCUCUCUGACUUACCCGGCCAGUGAAUCAAACCCAGGCCCUUCUUGCUGUGAAAUGACAAUGCUACCUACUGCACCACCAUGCUACACUUCUGUAUUAUAAAUGCAAAAUGUUCUUAAAUUAUUGUAUGUUUACAAUUUGCAGAUUAUGCCCUGUACAAUGCACAUAUUAAUCACUUUAAAGAAUCAAAGGCUGACUUGAAUGCAAAAUCAGCACAAUCAAAUGUGAAGUCUAUUUUUGAUAAGCAAAUGUAAAUAAAUGAAGGAAUUAAGCUGC